AUGUCCCCAACCAACUCAGAUAUCGAGUGGCCUCAGGUGGCUUUGCGCUUCGUCGACGAACUCUACGCCAAGAUCCCGCCGGAAUUACGCCUGUCGCAAGACUUUCUCGACCAAUAUCCUCCAGGAUCGGACGUUAGAGCGGCCGUCGCAGCCUGCGGGCUGCUCUCAAAAGAUGAGAUGGAGAUAACAAACCCAGAAUAUGAUUCUGUUUCGCUUCUAAGGCGAAUCAAGGACAAAGAAGUUACUGCGGUUCAAGUAGCUCGUGCAUUUUGUAAACGGGCUGCCGUAGCACAACAACUUUUGCACUGUUUGACGGACUUUUUCAUGGAGGUAGCGCUGCGCCGCGCACAGGAGUUGGACGAUCAUUACAAUACAACUGGUGAGCUUGUAGGACCGCUCCAUGGUCUUCCUAUUGACAUGAAGGACCACAUGAUGGUGAAGGGGACCAAGUCCUCUGGGGGAUUCGUUUGUGACUACCUACAUCCUCCCGCCUCCUACCACGGCAUCACAGCACAGAUUCUUUAUGACGCUGGUGCAGUUUUCUUCGUCAAAACAAACCAGCCACAAUCAAUCAUGCAUCUCGAAACCUAUUCAUUUUUCGGCCAAACUUUGAACCCCUACAAUACCGCACUGACGUCAGGAGGAAGCUCAGGUGGAUGCAGCGCGCUUGUCGCGUUUGGCGGUUCCACGCUUGGCAUUGGCAGUGAUAUCGGUGGGAGCCUACGCUCCCCUUCGAAUGCGUGUGGCCUAUGGACCUUGAAGCCGACUUGUUCACGCCUGCCUACUGGCCAUGGGUAUAUACCGAUGCCUGGUGCGGAUUCGAUUUCUGGAACAUUUGGACCGAUAUGUCGAAGUCUGCGUGACAUAAAUUUGUUCUUUUCAGUCGUGCUUGAUACCAAACCAUGGCUCAAAGCACCCGAGGUCGUCCCAAUUCCCUGGGAAAUUCCUGCUUCACCCUCUUGGUCUGGGACAAAUGGUCGCUUGCGAGUCGGUGUGAUGUGGCAUGAUGAAGUGGUGCUACCACAACCACCAGUUCGAAGAGCAUUGAAGACUUUUGCGGACGCUUUGAAGGGUAUCGAUGACAUCGAGGUCGUUGAUUACAAGCCAUUCAAGCACCAUAAAGCGAGUGCGUUGGCGCAUGAGCUAUAUUUUACUGAUGGUGGUGCGCGAAUUCGUUCCAAAGCCGCAGAGACUGGCGAACCUAUUCUUCCUCUGACCGAAUGGGUAAUCACAUAUCCAUCGGUAAAGGAUCACACCAUGCACGAACAUUGGGAACUUGCUGUGGAGCGCGAGGUUUUGCGUGCCGAGUAUUUAGAGUACUUUAACGCGCAAAACGUUGACGUCGUUCUUUGCCCAGCGGGAGCUGGACCUGCACCCGAACUAGGAACGUGCAAAUAUUGGGCCUAUACCAAUGUCUGGAACUUUGUCGACUACCCGGCGGCGGUCUUUCCCACUGGAUUGCUCUGCGACCCGGCGCUGGACAAAACUGAUGGUCCGAGAGAAUACAUGAGUGAGGCAGACGAGUACAACGCUAAAUGCUAUUCCGACAGACCGGAAACAUUCAAAGGUGCUCCCUUGUGUCUCCAGCUGGUGGGCAAACGGUACAAAGAAGAACUGCUAAUGCGUGCGUUGGAGGAGAUCUCGGAGGCACUGCCGUUGCAGAACCUUGCGUCGCAUCAGGCUAGCUGCUAA